GAGCCGGUGAGAGUAAAGUGCAGUGCUGAUAGAUCUGAUGGCAAAAAUGAAGCAAGCAGGUGCAUAAGAGAGAUCUGGUGUGUUUUUGGGAGAAAAAACGUUGUGUAGAGAAAACGGGACAGUCAUUCAUCCAUCAGAAGAAGAGAACUGGGAGACAACAUGCACAUCACCACGCUGAAUAAUCAUCUCUUUAAGACUUUAUGUCCAUGACAAGCUCAUAUGAUCAUCUUCAUAUAAACAACUUUUUCGCGUUCAGCAGAGGGACAUUUGGAGUGUUUUCUGAUUUGGAAUAUACAGGUGCUGAAAUGGGACAAGUGGAUGUGAGGAUAUGAGUCUGACAUGGACAAUGUGUGUCUGUGAGGUAGAGAUGGCAAAGCUCUGGAGCCCCAACCCGAGCUGCACCGGCUCUCAUCAAAUGCUUCAGUUUGGAUAACGCAACACAACGCUACGACACACACACACACACACACAAGAGGAACGAUCCUUUACAACACGCAAGGUGAACCCUCCUGGAGAAACUAUAAGAGGGGAAACACUGAACUUCAGCCCAAAGAGAAAGGGAACCACAGAUCCUCAGGAGGAUGAGCGUGGGUCGGAUUGGUCGUUACAGCAUCGUGUCGACGGAGGAAGAUGGCCUGCGUUUGACCACCAUGCACGGCGUGGGAAUGAACGGCUACGGGAACGGCAAGAUCCACACGCGGCGGAAAAGCCGCAACCGCUUCGUGAAGAAGAACGGACAGUGCAACGUGCAUUUCACCAACAUGGACGAGAAAUCCCAGCGCUACCUGGCGGACAUUUUUACCACCUGCGUGGACAUCCGCUGGCGCUACAUGCUGGUAGUGUUCACGCUCGUCUUCGUGGUGUCCUGGUUGGCGUUCGGCUUGGCGUUUUGGGUCAUCGCACUUCUCCACGGCGACCUCGACAACCCGGCGGGCGACGACAACUUCACCCCGUGCGUGCUGCAGGUGAACGGCUUCGUCGCCGCCUUCCUCUUUUCCAUCGAGACGCAGACGACCAUCGGUUACGGUUUCCGCUGCGUGACGGAGGAGUGCCCCCUGGCCGUGUUCCUCGUCGUCUUCCAGUCCAUCGUGGGCAGCAUCAUCGACUGCUUCAUGAUCGGCGCGAUCAUGGCCAAAAUGGCGAGGCCCAAGAAGCGGGCGCAGACUCUGCUGUUCUCGCACAACGCCAUCAUCGCCAUGCGGGAUGGCAAACUGUGCCUGAUGUGGCGGGUGGGCAACCUUCGAAAGAGUCACAUCGUGGAGGCGCACGUCCGGGCCCAGCUCAUCAAGCCGCGCGUCACGGCCGAAGGCGAAUACAUCCCGCUCGACCAGCUGGACAUAAACGUGGGCUUCGAUAAAGGACUGGACCGCAUCUUCCUGGUGUCGCCCGUCACCAUCCUCCAUCAGAUCGACGAGGAGAGCCCGCUGUUCGGCAUCGGGAAGCAGGACCUGGAAACGGCGGACUUCGAGAUUGUGGUGAUCCUGGAGGGCAUGGUGGAGGCCACGGCCAUGACGGCGCAGGCCCGCAGCUCCUACCUGGCCAGCGAGAUCUUGUGGGGGCAUCGCUUCGAGCCGGUGCUGUUCGAAGAGAAGAACCAAUACAAGGUCGACUACUCGCACUUUCACAAGACCUACGAGGUGCCGUCCACGCCCCGCUGCAGUGCCAAGGACAUGAUGGAAAACAAGUACCUGGUCAUGCCCGCCGCCAACUCUUUUUGCUACGAGAACGAGCUGGCCAUCCUGAGCCACGAAGAGGAAGAGGACGAGGCUCUGGAGAGGAUGAAGCCCGAGCGGGCCGUGAGCCUCAGCCCGGAGAGAACGCCCAGACACGACUUUGAUCGACUGCAGAACCCACGCUGCGCCGAUCAACGCUCGUACCGCCGCGAGUCGGAGAUAUGAACCUUCUCAUCUAACUUUCUUCCUGGAGAUACUGGAGUUUCAAACAUGCAGAACAAUGCAAAGUGCCAUACAGAGAAAGAGAGAGAGAGAGAGAGAGAAUGUAUGAAAGGACGAGGGGGUAUUUUUAUCCCGCACGGAAAACUUGAAGCUAUUCCUCGUGAAACUAGUUUAGCUGUUGAACUCGUAAUGUGUAAAUAAUCUUUCUGCGUAGAUAUAUGCUUUUGUGUGCGGUAGAACCUUCUAGCGAGAGAACAAAGUGUUUAGAACGAUGAAGAAAUUAGUCUUUUUAUUUUUGCAUUCAAUCCGAGCACAAAUGACGGGGCAGACUGUCCCGCGAGACACACACACUGAUCAGUGAGACAUGAUAAAUUCCACUUUAAAACUGCACUAUAUAGACAGACCAAGCGAACAAUGUGACCAGUUGAGUGUGAAUGAGUGUGUGUGUGUGUGUGUGUGUGUGUUUUGUGCAGCUGAGCACAAUGCCUCAUGUUAAACGCACAAGAAGGUUGAAAUACAGGCGCUCCCAAAGCCACAACAACAUGCCUAUCUGAUACAUAGAUAUAUUUGCAUAAAAAAUUGAAUUAUUUAUAUUUAGUAAGAUAAUGUAGAUGUUUGCACCACCUAACUGAGAAGAACGCUUUGAUUUUAUUCAGACAUGUGGAUGGGAAAAUCAUUUUACAAUAAUUCAGUUUUUGUCCUGAGAUAUAGUCUGUCGAUCUAUGCAUAUGGUCAGCGUUAACGUUUAGUAAUUUUAUCAUCUCUUAUUCUCUUCUCUUAUAAACAACACGUGUGACAUGGUCUUACCACAGAAAACCGUUUAAAAUCAAAACUCGACAAAUGCACCUGCAAUGAAAGUUUACAGAGUGAAGCACUGCAACCAUAUAACGUUGAAUUUCACACGUUUGUAUUUGAAUGCGAUCUUAGUUUCAUGUUUUUUAACUGCUGUCAUGAAUGUGUAAAGUGACCCAGUCCCUUUUACACAAUAUUUGUGAAGAAGAGACGAAUCCUCCCACAGGAACGAGAGUCCUGACUCACUCUGGUUAACAAGUUCAUCCACCUAAAAAAAACAGUCGCCCUCUAGAAAGCUUUGCUCUGUACCCUUCCAUUGCAAAUCAAAUCUUGUAAACAACAUUUUGUUCAGGAUUCUAUUCAGCGAUGUUUACCCCAGAAUAUUCAGAAAGAAUCCACAGUUCAAAGAUAAGAAUCACUUCUUACAAACUCCUUCAUUACGUUUAUGUGUGUGUGUUCAUGUUUAUCUGUUUGUUUGUUUGUUUGCUUGUAUGUGCAUGUGUGUACUGGUCUGUGUGUAACUGUUUGACAGUCUUAAGGCACAUUCAUGAAGCAAUAAUCAAAAAGUCAAAGCAAUAUGUGAAGUGUGAUCACUGACAAACGCAUUUUCAGCAAUCACAGAGAAUUUCUCAUCUGUACUGUCAGAUGUUUUGUGAAAAGAACAGAAAAGAUCAAACUGAUGUUAUUCCAAAGUCUUUUAUAUGAGAUUGUAAUGCUGUACACCAGUCAACACAUCCACUGCUUCCCUCUUAUAUAAAGUGACAGGACAGGUGUACAGUACACUUUUAAAAAAGGUGCUUCAAAAUGAUGCCAUAGAAGAACCUUUUGGUUCUAUAAAGAACCUUUAAC